AUGGUCGUGGCUGCGGGCACCCACGCGCUCGUGGGCACGCGGGACGGGGACGCCCUCGACGUACCAUGCCUGGAGGACGGCAGGGACGCAUACUACGCUGCCGCAGCUGGUCUGCCGAGCUCCGACAGCGCGGCAGCCGACGACCUCCCCCCGGCGUUGCUGGCCAUAGGAUUACGCCACGACGGCCUCCAGGCUCUGCGGGCCGCGCUGGCCGCUGCCGACCGAGCGGUGGACAUCCUCGCUAUCGCUUGCCGGCGGACUGCCUCGCCGGGCGUAGCAACGGGCACGGACUUGUGUCUUCUGGCGCAUGCCGAGUGGGGAGCCCGGAACCUCGCGAUGGCAGCCCAUUUGACAGCGGUCGGACAGCCGCUGACAGAUCGCGGCCGCGCCGUGCAGUGCUUCGCCCUCCAGGUGCCCUUGCGCCCCGAGCCAGCCCGCCCUCCUGUGGAGACGAUCGUGACUUGGGCCGGAGCGGCCGAGCUGGCCAGCGAAUGCCUGCACAUCCUACUCCACGAAGGCCUGGACCCGCACGUGCACGCGGCCCUCCUUCGCUUCCAGGCUGCGACCAGGGCGCGUGGCCUGAGUAUGGAGUGGGCCACCGAAUCCCUCAGACCCGGAAGCGAUCCACACCAGGCGGGGUCCCACGUGGCGCCACUCCUUUACCACGCAAUCCGUGUCACGUCAGCGCCAGCGGCCCCAGACAUCGCAACUUUGGGAAGUGCUCUCGCAGCCAUCCAGCACCAGGGCUUCACCUUGACUUGGUGGCGGGAUCGAGAUACGCACCAUGCCGUGCACAUCCCGAUGGCCCGCGGCAGCAUCCCAGCAGCGGUGGCCGCAGCGGAGGAGCCCGCUCUCCAGAUGGGUGGCCGCGUCGCAGCGCGGAUCGAUGGGCUGUUACUGCUGGACCUCCUCCCAGCAGUCACGGAGGGCGUGGUCCGUGCGGCACAGCUUGACCAGUGGAUUUCCCCGGCCGCGCCGGCCAGCCGCAUCCUCUGGGCUGGUGACGCCCACAGGCCGCGGGGGUUCCUCUCCACUACGGGGCCGACGGCAGGCCAUGAUCUUCUCUGGCUGGUGGUCACCAGAAACCAGGUCUCCGACGGGGACGUCGCGCGCCGCCUGCAGGACCUACUGGCGCACCCCGUCCACGUCUCGACAGUCAACGCCCUGGACCCAUCCACCGACAGGUUCGACAACAUGAGCCUUGUUCGGGUCGCGGCGCCUGCGGCCGACCGCAUGCGCAUCCAGGCGCCGCGGCUGGAGGGCGCUCCACCUUUCUCGCAGGUGGCACAGAGGACGCCCCUCGAACCCUCGGGAGCCGCUCUUGGUCCGGCGGUGCCCCGGCUGCUGGAGUUCCGGACGGGCCCAUGGCCGUCGGGCGGCCAGGCAGAUGCGGACAGUUGGGCAGACGUCUGGACGCGCAUGCUCUUCCUCGGGACCGUGGUGCACGCGCGCCUCUGGGUGCCAGCGGAGCCCACCCGCCCGGAGGGCGGGGUCUCGGGCCUCAAUGGCUGGAGCGACCACCUGCUUCCCGGCGAGCUCCUCCUCGUUCGCGUCGCCGCGGGGAGCCGCCUGCGCCUCCGCGCACCAGGGGAGGAGCUGUCGUGGACGCCUACGUUGCCAGCGUGGAUCGCGGUGGUGCACCCCGCCGAGGCUGACGGCCGGGCCGCGGCUCACCAACUCGAUGGAUUCCUGCACGUGGACGUGGAGCUGGCCGAUGGCCCUGUGUGGGUCGCCCGGCGCCCUCCCUCGGGCCCUGCGCUGGCGACCCGGCGAGCCGCGGCGGCGCCGCCGCCGGCAGCUGCAGCACCAGCUCCUACCGCCCCGCCUCGUGACCCCCGUACUUUCCGGGAGCGUUUACAGCACCUCGGAGAUCCACCAGCUCCACCAGGCCCUCUCCCGUCGGCGUUGGUGGACCCAGCCAGGGCGGCCGCCCGGCUCGCGCUUCAGCCAGUCGCGGACACGCCAGCGGCCCGAUAUGCGGAUCUCUUGGCGCAUUGGCUGGUGGCCCACAUCACGGCUUCCCAGCGCCCGCAACCCCCAAUCAGGUGGCAGUGGGCGAUGCUGAUCGUUGCUUGGCUGCUGGAGGUGUUGGGCAUCGCGCAGCUGUGGCAACAGGACGCCGGUGCCGCGGAGGACCUCCUCACGGAGCUCCAGAUUGGCAGUCCUGCCCGCCGGCGCCAGCCCUUCGAGCCGUGGCAGCACGGGCGGCGCGGCGUGAGGCCAGGCGUGCCGCUCCCAGGCAGCCGGGUGCAGGACGCCGCCAGCGCCCGCAGACACGGGCACACCAGCUACGCACUGUCAGCAGAGGCCAGCGCGGCCUUGGACGCUUUGGUUCACGCGACGCUCGCUGCCCAGGCACCUGGCGUGAGCCCAGCGGCGCCGGCGGCGCCAGCAGCGAGCGCCACCGACGCGGCCGGGCAGGACGGGCUUGGAGGGACCAGUGGAAUGGACGUUGAUGGCGCCACCCUCGGCGCCCCCGCGCCCUCCACUGCGCAGACGCUGCAGCGGGAGCCACCCCGCCGCCAGGCGGUGGCUACCUAA